AUGUUUAAGAAGAGAACAGUCAAGGGCAAAGACGAUCAGUCUAAGAAAAGAAGGCUUGAAGAAGAUCUAAAUGAUGAGAUAACUACUUCAAUACGACAAAAGACGUUUAAGAAGGUGGAAUCUGCAUCCAAGCACAAACCAGUCAGCUCCACUGCUGAAGUACUUGCCUCCAAUUUGCAAUCGAACAAUGAGCCAGCUACAGAAGUAACUCCACGUACUAAAGGAACUAUCAAGGCACCUCCCAAGAAUAUAAAUGUUACUACCAUAACAGAUUUCCAACCUGAUGUGUGUAAGGAUUUCCUUCAGACUGGAUACUGUGGGUAUGGUGAUACUUGUAAGUUCCUCCAUAUUCGAGAUGAGUCGCGACAAAAGAAACCUAUUGAAAAGGAAUGGGAAAAUGUAACCAGGAAGGAAAUAAAGGAUAAACCAGUAGAGGAAAUACCGUUCAAAUGUGUUCUUUGCAAGAAUGAAUACAAGUCACCAAUAAAAACUCAAUGUGGACACUUGUUUUGCAAACCAUGUUUCUUGGAUGAGUACAAACAGAAAAAGACAAAGUGUUUUAUAUGUAAAACGGAAACAGAUGGAGUCAUGGUACCGGUUCUGAAACUGGAAUUAGAGAACCUUAUUGGUAAUAAAUAA